AUGCCCACCCAACUCCCCUUCUUCUCCAACUUCCUCGCCGCCUUCCGCGCACACUCCGCGAUUCAAACUUCUAAAGCCGCAUCGAGCUCCUCCUCAGCAUCCCCUUCGUCCUCUCAAGCAACCUCUUCCUACACUACCGCAUCCUCGCCUUCGCAACCCCGCCAAAUAUCCUCCUCGACAUCAACAAGUACGUCAAAACCCGGCGCCACCACAGCCCUCACAUCCCUUCACUCCCCCCGCACGCACUCCACAUCUCCGCUCUCUCACUCCCCGGGCUCCCCGGCCGCAGAAAAAGAGGCGGUACAGCAGGGACGGUACAUGGCGAGCAGAAACCGGCGGGGCAGCGAUAGUUCGAGCGAGGGGUUCCGAGAUGUACUGGGCGCGGAGAAGUGGUAUAUCGGUGGCCGGACGGCGGGAGGUGAGGAGCGCUACUUCAAGCUGGGUGUUGUGAGAAGGAAGGGGAGCAGGGACCGCUUGAGCCUGGAUAGGCUGAGUUUGUGA